AGAGAUGAACGCUUCUCCACUUAGGAAAAUGCUGAUGAGCAGCUGUGGAUUUCCAAAACUCUUUACCCCAACACCCUUUUCCUCUUGAAUAAACCGAGAAAGACAGAAAGACGUGAGAGCAACUCUAAAACUUUCCAUCCUAAGAUAUUAAGAUGAGCUCAGACCCAGUGGAGCAGUCGGAGGCUCCAGAUGACCAGAAAGAGCGAAACGGAAUAGACUUUAAUCGACAGAUUAAAACAGAGGACGUCAACGACUCCCCUCAUUCAGUGUCCUCGGGGAAGACAUGCCACCUCACACAGAGCUCUCCAGUGCAUGGGAGUCAGUUGACUGGGGAGCUCACCUCCCUUCAUCCAAUGCAGCAGCUUGUUCUGAUGCCGCCCUCUCACUUGCAGACUCCAUCCCCCUUCCUCCUCUCCCAGAGUCCCUCCAACCAUCAAGCCCUCCUGCAGCCAAACCUGCUGUCCCUUCCUGGACAGAGUCCACCGGGUCUUCUUCAGCAUCAGUCUGGGUUAGCGCUGACUCCCCAGGCUAUGAGUCGUUCCGGUUUGGCUGGACCGUCCCUCGAGAACCACAUGGACAUGUCGCAAUUGCAGAUGCCCAAACACUUGGCUGUGGCACCACAGGAGGAACCCAAUGAUUUGGAGGAACUGGAGCAGUUUGCCAAAGCAUUCAAACAAAGACGCAUCAAACUGGGCUUCACUCAGGGAGAUGUGGGUUUGGCGAUGGGAAAACUCUACGGUAAUGAUUUCAGCCAAACAACAAUAUCACGAUUUGAAGCGCUCAACCUCAGCUUCAAGAAUAUGUGCAAGCUCAAACCAUUGCUGGAGAAGUGGCUCAGUGAUGCAGAGAAUUCACCCUCUGACUCAAUGAGCACUUCGACCUCUCUGCCGCCUCUGAUGGAGGGCUACGGACGCAAGCGAAAAAAGAGGACAAGCAUCGAAACAAACAUCAAGUUGACACUGGAGAAACGUUUUCUUGAUAAUCCAAAGCCCAACUCAGAGGAGAUAACUCUAAUUUCUGAGCAACUUUCCAUGGAGAAGGAGGUGGUUCGAGUUUGGUUCUGUAAUCGUCGUCAAAAGGAGAAAAGGAUCUACUGUCCUGUAGCUACUUUACCUGUCAAAUCGCACAGCUACAACUCCAGAAUGGCCUCAACUUCAAGGUCCUACAGCCCUUUGGCUUCAGGUGGAGUUUCUUCAAAUUCAUCCCCAAACAGCACGAGUCGGGAACCGUCUCCCAACAGUCUAUCUGCAGCUUCAGUUGCUUUGACCUCUCAGGUCAACCCAGCUUCCUACAGUGCACCAAGUUCUUGGUAUCGCACUUGGAAUCCUGCUGCCUAUCAUCACUGAGAAACACAAACUGUACAUAUGAAGCUUUUGAAGAUUGGUGAAGAAGAAUGAAGAUUGAUUAACACUCUCCCUGUUUCAAGCAGGGUUACAACUUAAUGCUACAGCAACAAAACAAAUACAUAACUCAAACCAGGUCUACAAAGGAGAGGACUUUAAUACACACAUUUCCUGCUAGUUCAUCACUCAUAGAAGACCCAAGAAGCCAGGAGCUGUUCGAUUAGUGCUUCCAGGACUCCAUAUUUGACUGAAAAAUGAAGGAUCAAGAGAAAUAAUCAUCAGAAGUGACAGCAGGAAGUCUCAUGUUUGACUCCCCGUGCUAAAAACCCAAAUAAUUUAUUUAAACCUUGAAGGAUUCAUUUGCAGAUUCACUAACAUUACAAAAACUGCUUCCUAGGUCAUCUUUGACAUAUUUAGUUUAAAUGUUGUUUAUAUAGCUCCAAUUUAAAAAAUAAAAUUUUAAAGUUAGUCACAUAUUACACAUUAGAUAAAGUACAAAUGGAAGGACAAGGGAUGAGAAUACAGAGACACUGCAUUCUUAUCACUUCAGAAAAAUUUUUUGGGGAAUAUAAAAUUGAAAUCAACACUAGAUCACCCAAUAAUUUUUUCUCAUUUUAAGAAUAAAAUUGGACAAAGUAUCACUUUUAUCCAAACAAGUCUUGUGUAGAGAUUUUCAGAUAAGAACGAUCCAAAUGUGGUUUGAAAAUUACCUUUGACUAUCAGGAAUAUCUUAAAUUUGCAUUUAUUGUAUAUUUUAGAGAUUAACAAAGUGCUGGCUUUGUAUCUGACCUCUUUUUCUAUCAGGAUUAAAAUUAAAGUUUAAGAUUUAAGUUGGAUGGGCUCCUGGCACAGACCAGAUUUUAGGCAUUGUCUGUAAACUUUUCACAAGUCAUUGUUAUUACAGUAACUUAAUGUUGACCUGUACUGCUCAGUCCAAAAGCAAAGUUUCACUUGUUUGACCCAAAUUGUUAAUUCAGAAAAGGGAAAUUGAAUUAGGGCUGCAAUUAACAAAUAUUUUAAUAACUGAUUAAUCUAUCAAUAAAUCUGGUGAUUAAUCAGUUAAAACUGUUUCACAUUCUGCAGAUUUUUCAUUAAUACAAAACCAGAAAUAUAUUAAGAGAUUCAAAAUAAUAAACAAUUUAAUUUAUUUUGUUUUAAACACAACAAAGAGAAUAAAAAAUUUCUUAUCUAAAAUGUAGUAACAGUAUUCAUUUAGUGAAAGCAUCUAAAAUACUUCUAACAACAUGUUAAAAGCUCAGCCCUUUCUACUUGACACAGCAUCAAUAUAUUAUGGGGUGGCCUGUUGAUUAUGUUUCAAAAAACUACAAUAAUUAAUAAAUGGACAGCAAAACGUGAAGCUGAAACUAUCCCACAUAUCCCAUAUUUAUGAAGGAUUUAAAAAAAAUCUUAAAUGCAAAAUCUGUAUAUUUUUGUACAGUUUUAUAAGCAAAUUGCCUUUUUACAUCCAUAUAUGAAAGUAAGCAAUUGAUUACUAAAUUAAUUAACAAUUUCAGUAAGAGAUUCAUGUCAAUUAGCCCUGGUUACAGAAUUUUAAGCAACAUAAAAUCCACAUAGCUCAAGCUUGCCGAGAACUAGAAACUGCUGGAACCCCAGUGCAACUAGUUUAAGAUCCCCACAGACAGAGAAAGAAAAAAAACCUGCUUCAAAUGACACUUCAGAUUUGAACACGGAGAAGCCAAAUGCCCACUGAAGAUUCUGAUAGUCAAACCUAAAAACACAGUGUUAACUGUGAACAUGGUGCGAUUCGUGAAGCUGCAGUGAAACAGGUGUUUGAAAAGUGCUUUAGUGUUUGACUGAAGAAAUGAAACUAUGAUGAAAUCAUUAAGAUGGAGCUCAUGUAUGAGACUAUAUAUAUUGUGAUUUUGAAAAAAAAAGUUCUAAAUCAAAGAUUAAAGAUCAAAGCUAUAACAUUAAUGGCUAUAAUGAGAGUGUGAAAUUAAAAGGAACACUUUAAUUGGGAGAUAACAGCAACUAGACCUAAACUAAGGGGUGAAAUUAUGACUUUACAAGAAAUCUGUUAUUCAGAAAUAAGCUAAUUAAAGCUUCCUUCCACAGUUUUAGAAAAUUGUUUUUUAGUGUAAAAAUGAUUAAAAGUAAUUCUGAAAUUCUCCAGUUUAACUCUUCCAUAACCUACAGAGUCCCUUUUCAGAGAAUGUCAUUUAACGUCUCCUAUAUGUAACACUCUCUGUGUUUUCAGUUGAACUUCAAGUGUUUUCACAACCUAGAUGCUGUGCAGGCAAAACUAAAGCAUGCAAAACUCCUGUUAUUCUUUUGUUCAAACGGGUCUAUUCUAUAUUAGUUAGUAUUAUUUAUGGAAAACAAUAGAUCAGCCUGAAUUAGUUGGAAAAAAACUUCAGAAACAAUCAUUUCUUUAUUUUUAAAGGAUCUUUUGGUUUGUAAGAAAAAAAUCUUUAUCUUUAAGCUGCAUUUUAGACUGCUGCCCUCUGCUGGACGUCAAUUCUCGCUACUUUAGAUACAUUUUUCCCCCUGAACUGCCAAUCAAUUUCUAUUUGAAAGUCUGGCCAUUUCUUUUAUUGUGUUUGAUUUUGGUUUGUAAUUUCUUUUUUCAAUGUUAAUUUGAUAUUUUAUUUAAUUGUAUGGAAAUGAUGCUGUGGCAUGAAGAAGACAAACACAUGCCACAAUAUUUGAUAAAGCCAAUUCAUUUAUAAUCUUUAUUGUUUCACUUUCUGACAUGUUACAAAUAAAAUUGUGUUUUCACUAAAAUGCAACUGAGCUUGCAAUCAGUAAAGGAAAUCUUCUGUCAGAUCUGCAGUCACCAGGAAAAUAAUUUUCAUGAUUAGCAAGA